UGUUGUCAGUUCAUUCGUGAGAGUCGUACAUAACGGCUGUGAGACUUAAGUGCCGCAAAAUCGAUUCAAUUGUGAAACGAAAAAAAAAAAUCACAAAAAUACUAAAGAAAACAGUAGAACCCGUGUGUUAUUACAUGCCUAUUGAACAAGUAAGCAAAUAAAGCUGGCGCAUAUGAAUUGACAAAGAAUAUUGGGCGCGAGUGCCGGUAAUAAUGUUUUGAAGUGAUAAAUUACAAUUAAAGAAUAUACGAUACUGUACACGUAUAUAUAUAGUAUAUAUACGAAUGUACUAUAUAUAAAUAACGUAAUAGAAUUAGAAGCGCUCGACGGCCGUUUUAUGCAUAUUUGAUGGCCAAAGUAGUUUGGUAGCUAGGUCAUACGGUGCGUGCAACUUGCAUUGUUGUGACGCUCACGAGAACGUGGGAGAGCGUAUUUUGAGUUUUUAACCGUGUGUAGUGCCAACAAACAAAUAUCCAGUUCAUAUAUGCACAUACAUACAUACAUACAUAAGAAGGUAUUUACAAAAGCUUUAACGCGUAAGACAAAUACAAAGUGAGAUAGGGAUUGACAAAGUCAGCUGCGCAGUUGUAACUGAUAAGAAGUGCCAAACUGUGGUGUUGGUACGAGCGACGGUGUGUGGAGCAAAGGAAACAGCUGACUGAAUCAUACACGAAGAGACUAUAAAUCGAACAACAUGCAAAUAUUGUUGGAGUUGAAUUUUAGACAACGCAACUCCACCCGUGUGGUCAUACUUAUUUUGGGGCUGCUGUCAUUCAUCUUAUUCAAAGACAGUACAAAAGGAUGUUUGUUCUUGGGCGCUGCAUUGGCAUUAAUGCUCAGGAAUCCGACUUAUGUGUACGCUUUCGGUACCACAAUUAAGCGGGACAUCAUAGCUGGCUAUCGUUUUCUCAAGUUGAACAUUUUCAUAAUGCUUUUGGAGCGAAAACAAUGGACAGUAGCGCGUAUAUUCCAAGAGCGAGUAAAGAAACACCCGAAGAAGACUUGCUUUAUAAUGGAUGAUCGGUCGUUGAGUUUUCAAUGUGUCGAGAAUUAUACAAACAAAGUGGGUGCAUAUUUUAAGGCACGAGGCUUGAAAAAUGGCGAUUGUGUAGCACUAGUCAUGGAGACCAGACCCGAGUUUGUGUGCCUGUGGCUUGGACUCUCCAAGAUCGGUGUCGUUACAGCGUUAAUCAAUUCGCAUCUGCGACGCGAUAACUUACUGCAUUCCAUCAAAGUGGCAAAUGCCAACGUAAUUAUAGUUGGUACAGAACUUAGCAAAGCUUUGGAGGAAAUUCAGAAUGAAGCAGAGGUCAAGACCUUACCAAUUUAUCAAUUCAGCGAUGAAGCACAACGAGACAAUGAUAAUUUUCAGCUUUUGAAUGGUGCUACUGAUCUCACCGCCGCACUUGAGUUACAAGCAAUAGAGGAUCUUAGCGCGGACAUUGCCGCUUGCAGCCCAAAGGAUAAAUUAUUAUUCGUAUAUACCUCUGGCACGACGGGCUUACCAAAGGCAGCUGUCAUAAAUAAUUUAAGAUACCUAUUCAUGGCUAGCGGAAUUCACCAUAUGCUCGCGCUCAACAAUGACGAUGUUAUUUAUAAUGCCUUGCCGUUGUAUCACACAGCUGGUGGUAUAAUCGGUGUGGGGAAUGCCUUGCUGCAUGGUUGCACGGUUGUCUUGCGAACGAAAUUUUCCGCCUCGAAUUUCUGGAAGGAUUGCGUUAAGUACAACUGCACUGUAGCGCAAUAUAUUGGCGAAUUGUGUCGAUAUCUGUUGUCCACAUCACCAAAACCAGAAGACACACAGCACCAGCUACGCCUGAUGUAUGGCAACGGCUUACGUCCACAAAUUUGGUCACAAUUCGUAUCCCGAUUUAAUAUUCCACAUAUUGGUGAGGUCUAUGGUUCAACGGAGGGCAAUUCCAAUCUUGCUAAUGUCACCAAUCAAGUGGGAGCUGUGGGUUUUGUGCCACUAAUCGGCCGUUACUUUUACCCUGUGCAGAUUAUUAAAUGUGAUGAGGAAACUGGCGAGCCCAUACGUAAUGAGAGUGGGUUUUGCCAAAGAUGUUCGCCGGGAGAGACAGGUUUGCUCGUGGGCAAAGUGAAUCCUAAACGCGCGGUGACUGCCUUCAAUGGCUAUGCAGACAAGGAAGCUUCCGAGAAGAAGCUGCUACGCAAUGUAUACAGUGUGGGGGAUCUCUUCUUCAAUUCGGGCGAUAUGGUGGUUAUGGACAUACUCGGCUAUUUCUACUUCAAAGAUCGCACUGGCGACACAUUCCGUUGGCGUGGCGAAAAUGUCGCAACACAAGAAGUAGAAGCGAAUAUUACCAACGUAAUUGGUCUAAAGGAUUGCGUUGUUUAUGGUGUCGAAAUCCCCUAUGUGGAGGGCAAAGCCGGUAUGGCAGCUAUAGUUGAUCCAGAUCGUAAAGUAGACUUGCAACAUCUAUCAGCUGGCGUACGUGGUAGCUUGCCAGCCUAUGCUCGCCCACUGUUCGUUAGAUUAAUGAACGAUAUACCACGCACUGCUACUUUUAAACUAAAGAAAAUAGAGCUUUCGCGAGAAGCUUUCGAUAUUCGUCGCAUCAAAGAUCCAAUAUAUUACUUGAAUAAGGAUGGCAUAUAUCGUUUAUUAUCUGAGGAACACUUUGAAGAUCUAAUGCAGGGCAAAGCCGGACUGUAACAUGGAUAUUGAGGAGUGAGCUCACUGCUCCGUAUUUAAGCAUAUAUAGUCGACGAAGUGGCUUUGGUGGUGAACAAUUUAAUAAGUGAUUACAAGCAUCAAACUAAGUAUAAGUAACUAUAAACGAAUGUAGGCUGUAUUUUUAUAUAAUUCCGAACCAUGACUCGAGCAGUUCUAUGCAAUGAUACAAUAAUAAUGUUAGGAAGUGGUAUUCGAGCUUGACUCAUAUAUAAUUUAUAGUUGUAUUAUUUCUAUGAAUAUCACAGAUCAUUACUGGAUUCUGUAAUUAAUUACGAGAAUAACGAACAAAUGUCAUUUUAUUGAAAUCACAUAACAGUUACUAAAUACUGUUUAUAAGGUUAUAGAGAGUUUCAUCAACGCUUCAUCAUUGUUCAUUGCUCAAAACUGACAGUGUGCUGAUGCAGGAAUGCAAUGUCAUAGAAUUAAAAAACGCGUAUGUCUAGAUUCCCUUUGUAGUUUGAUAAUGCAUGCAAAUUUUCAACGAAUAUUUUCGUAAAAUUAAAUUCUAAAUGAUCGAUAAUAAUAGUUUUUACCAAAUCAUCUUAGUACAAGUUUACAACGCAAUAUUUAAAAUAAAUGACAUUUAACAUAUCAAUAAUAUUAUCAUUCACCACUGCAAACCUCUAACAAAACAAGUGAUAUAUACAUAUAAUACAUAUAAAAAUACAAAUUUGUUACUUUAUACCAGUGAAAGCUUAAGCCAUUCUUUGUAGUAUUUUUUAUUGAAAUAAAUAAAGACAAACAAAUAAUUUA